CAAUUUUCCCAAAAUAAAAUAACAACCCCUGCUGAGGAGAGUAAAACCCACCAGGCCCCAAGUGUUCCCAAUCCCGGCCGAGAAGAUGUUAUUGCGGCAAGCAACAGCAAACUUGUUUCGGAGGCGGAUUCGGCCCCCUUCUCAAAUCUUCAGUAACGCUUCUAACUUUGUUAUUUCAUAUUUGUAUUCUAUUUUUUGUUUAGAUUCUAUUGCCUUUGCAGGCACAACCAAAACCAAUUUCUCUUAUCAACCUCCCAGCGAUAUUCAUCAGCACUGGUGGAGCCUCAUUCACAGGGACCCUCGCCUAUGGUUUUUUCUCUUUGGGAAUGCGGCAAUAUUUGUUGGGAUAAAUACAAGUCCUAUCCUAGCAAAGCAAGUCUCAACAGAAGAAAAUUUAAAAGAUGACAGCGAUUUUGUUGGAUUACGCAAAAUUGAGGAUGGUUCUGUCAUAUCCAAUAUCCAUACAUCUAAAUGGAGAGUUUUUACAGAUUAUGCUAGGGAUAUGUUUUUGCAGGGAAAAUUGAAGGAAGCUGAACAAUUCUUCCUUUCUGCACUAGAAGAAGCAAAACAAGGUUUUGGCGAGAGGGAUCCACAUGUUGCAUCUUCUUGCAACAAUCUGGCAGAACUAUAUAGAGUGAAUAGAGCAUUUGAUAAGGCAGAGCCAUUGUAUUUACAGGCCAUCGACAUAUUGGAACAAACAUUUGGUCCUGAAGAUAUACGAGUUGGUUCAGCCCUUCACAACCUUGGGCAAUUCUAUCUUGUGCAAAGGAAGCUGGAAGAAGCUCAUAACUGUUAUGAGCGUGCUGUAAAGAUAAAGGGUCGUGUUUUGGGACAUAACCAUGUAGAUUAUGCAGAUACCAUGUAUCAUCUUGGAAUGGUGCUGUAUCUCCGAGGAAAGAAUGUAGAUGCGGAGGCCCUUGUUUUGGAUUCUGUUAGAAUACUAGAGGAAAGUGGCCAGGCAGAAUCAACCGUAUGUGUCAAGAGAUUACGGUAUCUUGCACAGAUAUACCUGAAAACCAAUCGUGUUAGGGAGGCUGAGAAUGUACAAAGAAAGAUCCUUCAUAUUUUGGAGUUAACUAAGGGAUGGAAUUCUUUGGAUACAGUAAUUGCAGCUGAAGGUUUGGCCCUGACUCUAGAGUCUGCUGGGAGUUUAAAAGAAGCCCAGGAACUUAUUGAAAGGUGUCUUAAUGCUCGGAAAACCUUACUUCCUGAAGAUCAUAUUCAGAUUGGUGCCAAUUGGCUUCACAUUGCUAGGUUGGCAAUGCUCAAUGCCAACUGGCUAAGGAAGAUGGAUACUUCCAAAGCAAUUGCUGCGCUUGAAAAGGCAAAAGAUCAUUUGAAUAAUUCCGUAAGGAUAGCAGAGAAUAUAUUAAAUAAAUUGAGUGAACAAAAUGGGAAAGUGCAAGGUCUUGGGGCACCUGGAGAAACUAGAAAGAAUGGACGUGAAGCAUUAGUUAUACUGUUACAAUCAUAUGAUGCUCUUGGGCUCUUGGAAAUCACGAAGAAAGAGCUACAAGAUUUAAAGGAUGAGCACACCCCUGUUGUUGAGGCUGGAAAUUCAUUCUUUAGAUGCAUUUCUGCUUACAAAAAGUUUGGGAGUGAGAAGCCUAUUCAUGACACUCGUGAUGUGAAGACCGAGUAUCUUUCUUGUUUGAAGCAUCUUGCAAGCUUAAUAAUUGACACUGAUACUGAUACUGAAGGAACACAGCGAUCUGACAGACUCAAACUGAACGAUAUUAAAAAUGAAAUAAAACACGUGGAAGCCGAAGUUUCUCCUCAAAGAAGAGAAAGAAACUAGUCUAGUUUCUGAAUUAUUUGUUAAGAAUACUUCAUAACUUUUUUUAUUCUAUUUACAUAUAGAAAUAAAAGCAAAUGGGACAUAAGCUAUCCAUCUUUAAGGUUGAGUGUGAGAGUUGUUGGGUUUCAUGCCUUUAUAAAAUUAUAUUUCUUAUGUACUUCAUUCAUUAUCAAUAAAGUAGCAGAAAUUAUUUUGUUCAAUCAAA